ACAGUCGAGUUUCAGCAACGCUCUGGCCAAGUUGUUGAGGCGGGUGAACCAACAGGAAAAACUCAACCGCUUCCAGUUAUCUCUCUGCUUGGAUACAUUUGUUGAAAUAAUUGACCAGUGUGCACAGGGGAUUAUUGAAUUAAAAUUAAAUGAAAGCCCGCUAAUAAGGAAAUUGUUUUGAAAACUCGUUAAGAACACAAAACACGCACAAUAUGCGUUGCUCCGUGUAGAGCAAAUUGCGCAUACGCCACGUUGGACCGUCAAAAGGAUUUCGUAAACAUAUUGUUGCGGAAAAUUGCAUGCAGCAAUUUGAAUAAGAAAAUUGUUUGCACAAUUUUUGUUCGACUUUGUGUCACCGAUUCGCAAAUAUUCAACGGAUUGACCUACAAACUCAGAAAUGGACAUUGUCAUACGUGAGGAGGACAUUUCGCUGGCCCAGAUUGGCGUAUAUGCCUCGGUAUCCUUUCUAGUCGUUUCUGCCGUCGGGGCAGCCCUCUAUACCACUUGCUCUAAACGGUAUCGCCUCAACUGGUUUGAACAGAAUCUUCUGGAGUCGGCCAACGAAAAGGAUGAAGAUCAGCAGAGCAGGGAGGCCUUGGUAGCCGGUGCCGUGGGCUACAAUGUGGACAAUAUCAACGAGGUGCCGCGUGGGAAAUUCGGAGGUGGAAAUGGCGGCAACCUGAGCCCCACCUCCCUGAAGAGCGAGGACAAUGACCCGGCCUUUUGGGUACCCGCCUCGGUCACCUCGACGGCCGCCAUCCAGCAACAGGUGUCGAACACCACCGAGGAGUCGGCACCACCCACACCAACCUCGCCCACCGGCAGCCUGAAGUCGAACACCCUGUCCUACUGCUCGACCACUUCUGUUCCCAUCGCCAGAUCCGACAAGCAUGUGGUUCUGGCCAUGCAUCCCAGUCGUCCGAGAGUUUCCUCCAUGAACGCCAAAUUGGAUCACACCAAAAUCGACAUGACCUUGUAUAGGAGUCACUCCCAACCGAAGACCAUCAAUCCCGUUUCCCUUAAUGAAGUCCGUGGAAAUUUGCAUGUCAGCAUUGGCUACGAUCCUGUUGGUGGCUUGCUGAAUGUCAGACUACUGGAGGCUCAGAAUCUGCAGCCAAGGCAAUUCAGUGGAACUGCCGAUCCCUAUGCCAAGGUUCGAUUGUUGCCUGAUAAAAAGAAUUUUUGGCAGACACGCAUACACAAGAGGACCCUAAAUCCAGUUUUCGACGAGCAGUUUGUGUUCGAGGUCACAGCCGGAGUUAUUGACAAACGAACUGUGGAGAUAUUACUGUACGACUUUGAUGCCUAUUCGCGGCACGUUUGCAUCGGAGGAACCAAGCUGCACCUGGCCAACUUGGAUCUGAGUGAACAGUUGAAGCUCUGGACCCCCUUAAGUUCUGCCUCGGCCCAAGAUAUGAAGGUGGAUCUGGGCGAUAUAAUGGUGUCCCUGGCCUAUUUGCCAUCCGCGGAACGUUUGAUGGUGGUCCUGAUCAAGGCCCGAAAUCUGCGGAUUGUAGACGAUGCCCGGAACUCUUCGGAUCCGUAUGUCAAGGUUACACUUCUGGGACCCGGUGGCAAGAAAAUGAAGAAGCGCAAGACGGGCGUUCAAAGGGGCACCCUGAAUCCUGUUUAUAAUGAAGCCCUGGCUUUCGAUGUCGCCAAGGAGACGCUGAAAAAUUGUGUACUAGAAUUCACCGUGGUCCACGAUGGUUUAUUGGGUUCCAGCGAAAUUUUGGGUCGUACUCUUAUUGGAAACUCCCCAGAAGUCCGCACUGAGGAGAAAAUAUUUUUUGAAGAAAUUUUCCGCGCCAAAAAUGCUACAGCCCAAUGGGUUCCACUGCAGGAACCGGCAAACAACUUAGCUACCACAGCCAAAAACGCAAACAGCAAGAACUAGCUUCCGCAUUUGCCGACUGCUUUUGGUUUGUGUCUUAGUAGAGACGGCGCCGGUGGUUGUCUUGGGUAACAGUAAGUCUGGUGUAAGGGUUAAAGCACAUUAAUUUUUUUUAAAUAUGAAUCAAGCAAAGGUUCAAACCUGUAUCUUAUAAAUUUACAUUAAUAUCGCAUUUUUGGUUUUUCGCUGAUACUAUUGUUAAUCAGUCAUUAUUCAAUAAAACUUCUAGUAAAUUGUCUUAAAAAACGCGUUGAUAGAUAAAAUAAAUCGGAGAAGAUAUUUUAAAAUAACUCACAAAAACCGGUACCAAUUAACUAUUCGUAGCUUCGUAAAUUUUGUUUAUUUUACGUUUAAAAAACUAUAUUCUUGAAAUACUAUAUAUUGAUUUACAAUACCCUUACCCUUUUUGAAAUAAAAAAACACAGAAUUCCCAAUGUAGAUUGAACAUCAAGAAACACGUACAGCUGUUGUCAAAUUAAUAGGAGCAAAAGAAAUGAUUUAUACAUUUAUUGUUGGUUUGUUUUAUAAAGUUACCAUUUUGAUUUGAACCAUGGAAAUAAAGCUCCUAUUGUGAAAACGGCUGUACAUAUAUAUCAUAUACUUUAUAUAUAUAUAAACAACAUUUUGGUCGACUUGUUAAAAGUACUGGAAUAAAGGAACUUGCAGGGAUACGUUUUAAGCAGGAUAAAGAGUCGAACAAGAGUGUCACACAAAGAUCACAAACUAGUUUCUAGCAUGAUCCAAUAUAUCUCAAUGAAUGUGCUUUGUAUGGUAUCAAUUAAUCACAGAAUAUAUAUUUAAUAUACAAUUUAUGUGUCAGGAAUGUCAAGAAGUACCUAAAAUACAAAAACCUUAUACAAAUUAAACAAAUAACUUACUACCAACUAUACAAAAAUCAAGCGAGGAUUAAUACUUUGAUUUUAUAAUUUUUAGGCGAAGGUUUCAGGGCACAGAGGGCACAAAAAAAUCAUAGAAUUUUAGUUUUAAUUCAGGCUUUAUAAAAAUGUGUUGAAAAUAUAAUACAUAGCGAGUGGAAAUAAAUGUAACCAAAUAAAACUAUUCUUAUACGCAUAAUUCUUAUAUUUAAUGUAGUGAUUAUAUAAAGGAAAUUGUGUCUAUAGUAGUUUAAACGCACUAUGUAUUCCAAAUUUGCAAACUACCUUAAAUUAUUGAUACAUAAUAAAGUUCUUAGAUCUUAGAGA